UCCGUUCUUUCGACACUGUUUAUUGCUACAGGGCUCUCACCAGCAGAAAUCUGCCCAAGACAACGUGUUAUGAAUAAUAUUCACAUUUUCAGCGCGAGGACCUUUUAUUGUGCCGGGAGCUAGCAAUAAUGUCGAGGGACGAAAAGUAUAAAUAUCACAAUUCAUCUCACAUAAUUCGUUCUCUUUGUAGUCCAACAUCGUCGAACAGCAAUUAAACCCGAGACCUCUUCCUUUCUACUACUACCGUUCAUACUUUGAUCCUCAGUUUCCCUGACAAUGCCUGCCAAGAUUGUAAAUCUCGAAGAAUGGAACAUUGCUCGAGAUGCUCUUAGAGCCAAAGAAAAAAAGCUCUCCGACGACAACCAACAAGUUGUAACUGAGCGCCAGUCUCUGCCCAUGACCAUUGUUUCAGAAGAAUACUCUUUCAAGACUGAGCAAGGCACUGUCACCUUGCAAGACCUGUUCCAUGGCAAGUCACAGCUGAUUGUCUAUCAUUACAUGUUUGCUCCAACCGCCAAUGAGGGUUGUCCCGGCUGCGCGUUCAUGGUGGCCAACUUCCCAGACCUUCGUCAUUUGGAGGACAAGGAUACUGCGCUAGCCGUUGUGUCGCGGGCCGCCAUUGACAAGAUUACUACGUUCAAGGGAAAGAACUUUUGGAACUUUCCAUGGGUCAGCAGCGAGGGAAGCACUUUCAACUAUGACUUUGGCGCUACGAUUGAUGCUGCAACCGCAAAGCCUGCCGACGGUAAAAAUCCACCCUCUGGAGAUCAGCCAGGAUUCACUGUCUUUAAGCUUCAAGGUGGCAAAGUUUACCGUACGUACUCAGCCUUUGAGCAUAUGGAGUCUCUCAUGGGCACUUGGACUUUCCUCGACAUGACGCCUGGCGGCAGACAGGAGGGCCGAGACGGGCCUGCAGAAUUCCCCCUACCUUCUCAGUAUCAUGCGGCUGGAAGAGUCUAAAUUCUUUUUUUCUCUUUCCUUUGCGGUGCAAUUUGAAGAAUUGGUUCUUUUUAAAGACAAUCACCCAAAUGAAACUGUUCUAUCUUAUGCAUUGUAUAGUGAAUGAACAUUGCUGGCAAUGGCCAGUAUCCUUGACCUCGACCACAAUUUAUUUGUAAAUAAUGCCGGCUUCGUUUCUCAAUUUGCGAGUGCUAGUAUUCAAUAUAUCUUGUGAGCGUUUCUACACUACUGAAGUAAAACUCCACCACUUGUGCUCACCACAGAGCCCGUUGCGUUCCAGUCUUUCAUCAAAUAUAGAUACGCUUCUGCCACUUCUUCUGGCGCACCGACUUUCCCCAGAAUAGAGGACGCACCCGCCGCUGCCAUACUUUUCAAACGCUUUUCGCUACCAUCUGGGCCUUGCACCUCUGUAUCCGUCGUUCCAGGGCUUACCAGCUUUACGCGAAUAGGUGCUGCUUCCAAUGCAAGCGUCUUGACCAAACCUGCAAGUCCGGUGCUAUAUGCAGCCGCAACAGCAAGACCCUUUACGGCCUUUUCGGUGAUGCGCCCGCUCGUAAAGAUUAGUGAGCUCUUGUAGCUUUCUUUGAGGAAUCGCGUCCCUACUUUAGCGAUGAGUAGCGGAACCACAAUGAAAAACUGGUUCAUAGCGCGAGAUCUUAACCACUCUACCGUCACGGCGUUGACAGGCCUGAAAUCAAAGCGUGCGGCUAUGUAUACAAUAUGGUCAAGCCUUUCGCCGCCAUUCGCUUCGACAACAUCGGCAAAGAGUUUCUCGAGGCGCUCUUCGACGUAAGCGGCCUCGAGGUCAAUCGUGAAGCCCUUUAAGCUUGUGUUUGGGUCUGAAGCUUUAAUUUUCUGGACAGUGCUUUCCACGCGGUCAUUAUUCGAGGAAGCGAUGAAUAUUUGAGCGCCUUAGGACGCUGCAAGCAUGGCUACAGCGGCGCCAAUGCCAGACGAACCGCCAAUAAUGAGCGUGCUGUGAGCGCGGAUCGGGGGCAUUCUUGGGGUGUAUCUGUUGGAUAAACGUGGCAGUAGAUAAAUAAUUUAUUGGAAA